AAAUUACUUUUAAUUAAAAAUUCCAAUUCGACUCAAAGAGUUCGAUGACCACUCAAAAUAUCGAUAGCCAAAGUAUCGAUAAUAAAUGGCUUCCGAUGAAUUGCAAGCAUGGAGUGUGGCAGCUCUUCACACAUCCGAAGACAACCACGAAGAUGAACUUUAUUUUCAAAAGCUGCGACGUGACCAUCAUCGGCCAGGGCCAGGGCCAGGGCCAGCCACAGAGGGAGCAACAACACGAUCCUCGAAAGACGAAGAAGGUGCCAGGCCGCUCGAUUCACAAGGUCGGGCCCGUUCGGCCGUCACGAGUCUUUUUCCCACGUUUGCCAAAAGCAGCGAAGAAGGAGGGACCGGCACCGGCAUCACCGCCACCACCCGAACCAUCAGAGCCACCAUCGGAGCCACGAUCGGAGGCACCAAUGGCGCCAACUAUCGACGAGGUGCGGCACCGCGGGCUCAACAUGGAACGCGGUGACUGGCACCGGUCCGAUGAGGAGUCCGACGACGAUGCGCCGGACAUAGCAAAUCCGGCCAUCGCCGCCUCCUCGGACGAGGAGUUCGAUGAGGACGUGGGUGACAGCACGGACAGUGGAUAA